UGAGGAAGAAACUGCAUCUUCACUCGCCAGCCACGAGAGGACCUGGGGUCGCGCUGGGCGCCCGACGGACCCUCCUCAGGGACCCGCCUGCCCCACACCGCCCGGCCCUGCCGGGCCCUCCGCACCAGGUUCCCCAGCCGCAGCCUUACCUGCGGGCUCCAGAAUCCCCAGGGCUUCCAGAGGAUGCUCGGGCCACCGACAGGGACCUCGGGGCAGCAGUGAGGGGGGCACCCAGCCCCCCAUUCAGCUCCUGUCCUCCUGUGCCAGGGGCUCCCCCCGGGUACGAGCAUGGUGGUUUUCCCUUGGAGCCCCCUGGCUUGGUACGUCUGAGAAGAUGCCUGCCAUGAGGCUGUUCACUUGCUUCCUGCAGCUCCUGGCUGGGCUGGCGCUGCCUGCUGUGCCCCCCCAGCAGUGGGCCUUGUCUGCUGCAAACGGCUCCUCAGAGGUGGAAGUGGUGCCCUUCCAGGAAGUGUGGGGCCGAAGCUACUGCCGGGCCCUGGAGAGGCUGGUGGACAUCGUGUCCGAGUACCCCAGCGAGGUGGAGCACAUGUUCAGCCCGUCCUGCGUCUCCCUGCUGCGCUGCACGGGCUGCUGUGGCGAUGAGAACCUGCACUGUGUGCCAGUGGAGACGGUCAACGUCACCAUGCAGCUCCUGAAGAUCCGCUCCGGGGACCGGCCCUCCUACGUGGAGCUGACGUUCUCUCAGCAUGUGCGCUGCGAGUGCAGGCCUCUGCGGGAGAAGAUGAAGCCAGAAAGGAGGAGACCCAAGGGCAGGGGGAAGAGGAAGAGAGAGAAGCAGAGACACACAGACUGCCACCUGUGCGGCGAUACUGUUCCCCGGAGGUAACCAGCCCCUCGGAGGAGAGAGACCCCACACCCGGCUCGUGUAUUUAUUACCGUCACACUCUCAGUUACCUCCCUGCUGGCACCUGCCCUCUAUUUAUUAGCCAAUUGUAUCCCUGCUGAAUGACUCACUCCCUCCAAGAGGAGGGGCAGGGAGGGACAGGACCCUCAGGAAUUCAGUGCCUUAAACAGAACGUGAGAGAAAGACAGAAGACAGACCCAUGUGGCUUCAGCUUGGGAAGAAGCAAGAUGUGUGGCUUUGUGAGGGGCAGGCCAGGCCCCAGAGGCUCCGGGGGUCUCCAGGGGGCUGGAGAGGGAAGGACUGGAGACCCACCCCCUGCCCCCCGGCCUUGGGCUCUGCACGGACCAGCAGCCCUUGCUGGGGGAGCUCCCGGCCGGGGUGGGAGUGGGGGAGCCUGCUCCCAGUGGCCCUGCUGGGAGGGUGAGCAGGCAGCAACUCUACCCCUGGAGAUCAGAACGUUCAGCUCUGGAGAACAGUGGUUGCCUGGGGGCCUUGGCCACUCCUUGUCCCCUAGGUCUGGCCUCACAUCUUGCCACUGCUUGUGCUGGGACAUUGUUCUUUACGGCUAAGGCGUCACCAUCCUGCCCCUCCCAGGGACAUAGGCCAAGAGUGGCCCCAGGCUGGACGUGGAGCAAGCUGCCCCCGCGUGGCUGUUUGACCACCAAGCCAGAUUCUCUUGAAUAAAGUAUUCUAGUCUGGAAACAGCUUUCCAGGGGAGUGUGUCUGCCAGAGCAGCGGGCAAUAGCAGGAAAUGGAAGCAGGACAGAAGUAAAAGGGACCGUGGGCUCCAAGGCUGACCGGGGGUAGCUCCAGCCUGCUCCUGCAGCUCCCGGGGCAUCUUCUCCCAGGUGCUUUAGGCACAGCCCUGAGGCCCACUCCUCCCAUAAUGAGGGGUUCCCAGGAUGGAGGCUUGGCCCCAAACUUGGGAGGCCCUGACCCCAGCCCCCCCGAUCACCCUCAAAUUCUAGAGCACAGUCCCCUUCCACUCCCCCCAGGGCCACCCUAUACCCAGUCCAGUGCCCGGCCCUCUGGACCUUGAGUGAAUGGAGGCUCCCAGGUGCCACAGAUUGUGGCCCCGGGAGACUGAACUGCACCACCUCCAACCCACUCUGGCUGCUGAAUGCGGGGAUUGGCAGAUGCUGCCUGAUCUCUUCCUCCUUUGACCUCCUGUCUUCCUCUGUCUUCCUCCUGAACACCUUGGCAUGAAAUGAGAAAAAAAUGCUUUUUUUUCUUUUUUCAAUCCCAUACACUUACUCUCUGGUUCCCUUCUGCCUUUGACCCACAAGAUAUGUUUGUUUUCCCGCUGUGUUUUGGGAAGGGGAGCUCCCUGUUCUCUCUAAUUGCAGGCUGCUCAGACAAAGCCACAAGGCCCGGGGGCAGGGGCCCGCCCCAGGCUUUGGAAGGAAGCCAUGGACGGUCCAGUGAGGUAGGUGGGGUGGGGAGGCCCUGCUGAGGCCCUUGGUGGUCUGUUCACCGAGGCCUGGGCCCCCCUUUAGGACAGUCUGGUCAGAAUGUGCUCCUGGCUGGUGAUCACAGAGUAGGGGUGGGCCAGCCCCGGGGGACACGCUUUGCAGAAGAAACACACUUUCUCUCCAGCUUCUCCACUCUUGGGCUGUACGCAUUCCGAGCCGUUGCCUCUGAGGGACUGAGAACUGAGAAGAGCACCCUUCCCCCUUAGGCUCUGAUGUGGCCCCAGGGACCCCACCGCAGCCCUUGCAGCAUCUCCAAGGCUCUCAGAUUCACAAGUCACCCGCAUGGAGGUCUGCCUCCCCACCCAGACCAGCCACCUCUGUAAAGAACUAGACGGAGACCAGGGGAGCAUCCAGAGGCCAGAAGCAAAAAUCUGCAUCCGUGGGCAGAGCCUCACAGCAGGAGUCAGUAGGAAAGGAGCUGACUGGUCCACCUGACUACACUGGCCAUCCUUUCAGAUCAUUUAGGACCUAGAAGGCCCUUUUCUUUUGCUCUUUAUAUAUUUGUGGAGCCCCACCUGUGUACCUGACACUGUCCUAGGCACCAAGGACUCA